GAUGACAGGCAGAGCCUGCAGCCAUUCAGAAGCUUUCUCCACUUGAUCUUAGCCAAAAGGCCAAGAAGCGAUCAGAAAUUUUCUCAACGAUUAAUUUACCCACUUCGCCAGUACUGAGGGCAUGGACUGAGCCAGGGCCUACGCUAUCAAAAAGAACACAGUCUAGCAGAGGGAGACAGACAGUAAAUAAGUAUAUAAAUACUUGGAAACCAUACUGGUCUGCACGCUGCGAGUGCGUGGGGACAGGAAAACAGAAGCUCCCAGGACGUGCAGGUCACAUCCAGGUUACAUGCAGGGCGCACCUCUUCCCGCCACUCCCAGCCCCAGCCUCCAAGGAUGCGGCUCCUCGAGAAACUCUGCUCCUCGGCCGCAGGCAGCUCCGCGCCGAAGCCCGCCUUCGCCAAAGUGCUCACGCCCAACUGCAUCCCCGAAUUCUGCAUCCCGCCGCGGCUGCCGGCCCCUUGCACGCUCGAGUCUCCAAUCCGGGCCGCCGCCGUGCCCCGGCGCUGCGCCGCUGAAAGCGACCUGUGGCCCCGCGCGGCAGACGAGGACGCCGGCCGCACGGACUGGGACCCGCGCUCGCAGGCAGCGCUGUCACUGCCGCACCUGCCCCGUGUGCGCACCGCCUACGGCUUCUGCGCGCUGCUCGAGAGCCCGCACACGCGCCGCAAGGAGUCGCUCCUGCUCGGGGGCCCGCCCGCGCCCCGGCCCCGGGCCCACGCCUACGGCAGCGGCGGAGGCCCGGAUGCCCCCCUGGGGACACUGUGCGGCCCGCGAGGUCCGGGCCCGGCCACCCCCGCGGCCCCCGGCGGUCGCCGCCUGCGCCAGGACGCGCUCGCUCCGCGGCCCCGCCGCUGCCGCCUCCUGCGCGUCCCCGACGGGCUGCUGAGUCGCGCGCUGCGGGCUGGGAGGAGUCGCCGCCUGGCACGCGUCCGCUCCGUCUCCAGAGGGAACGAGGACGAGGAGCGCCGCGCGGGCUCCGAGUCCCCGGCCCGGGCCCCCUCCUCGAGCCCGCCGUCAUCCAGGGCCCCGCUUCCUGAGCGCCUGGAGGCCGAGGGCACCGUGGCUCUGGGCCGCGCCGGCGACGCCCUGCGCCUGGCUGCUGAGUACUGUCCGGGAACCGGGCGUCUCCGCCUCCGGCUGCUCCGCGCGGAGAGCCUGGCCGGAGGCGCCCCCGGGCCCCGCGCCGUCCGCUGCCGCCUCAGCCUCGUCCUGCGGCCGCCGGGCACCGCGCGUCGGCAAUGCAGCGCUGUGGUGGGGCGCAGCCGCAAGGCCUCCUUUGACCAGGACUUUUGCUUCGACGGCCUCUCGGAAGACGAGGUGCGCCGCCUGGCCGUUCGCGUCAAGGCCCGGGAUGAGGGUCGCGGCCGGGAUCGGGGCCGCCUGCUGGGCCAGGGUGAGCUGUCCCUGGGCGCCCUCCUGCUGCUCUGAGGGCCCAGCCCUCCCCGGGGCGCUCUGCCCUGGAGACUCCGGACACUGACAGCCGCGUGAAUCUCUCGGUGGGAUUUUGGGGCCAGUCCUCACUCGAGUGAGCUGUGCUAUCAGCUGUCUCCUGCAGGCAGUGAAUCUGCAGAAGAGAAGUCAGCCUCUUCAGACGUGGGCAAAGCCUGCUGCCAAGAGGAAUGCAUCCUGCCCACAUCUUGACUGCAGCCUGUAAAAUUCACUUUGGACUUCUGAUCUCCAGAAUGGUGACCUCAAGGAAGGAGGCUGGUUGUGGGAGGAGGUUGUCCCAGUGUCUGUAUAAUCCUGGCAUGAGUGUUGACAUGGAAGACAUUUAAUUCUGGAAAGAAAAUGUGCAGAAGAGUGGAGAAGUGAAAUCAAGAUGGUAGCAAUAGAAAUAAACAAAAAUGAUGGUCAAGAAACUCAGAAGAAUAAAUGGGUGAAAUCAGGACCACAGCUGUGUGGCAGGUUGGAAGAAAAAGAUGUUUUUGCCUCAUGUAAGCAAAACAAACCGAAAAGUUAAGAAAGAAGAUUCUAAUGGAGACGUAGAAUUACAACUGUGGAAGCAUGUGUUAAAAGAGAGCCAACACAGUAACCAAAACAGCAUGGUACUGGUACCAAAACAGAGAUAUAGACCAAUGGAACAGAACAGAGAUCUCAGAAAUAACACCACACAUCUACAACCAUCUGAUCUUUGACAAACCCGACAAAAACAAGCAAUGGGGAAAGGAUUCCCUAUUUAAUAAGUGGUGCUGGGAAAACUGGCUAACCAUAUGCAGAAAACAGAAACUGGACCACUUCCUUACACCUUAUACAAAAAUGAACUCAAGAUGGAUUAAAGACUUAAAUGUAAAACCCAAAACCAUAAAAACCCUAGAAGAAAACCUAGGCAAUACCACUCAGGACAUAGGCAUGGGCAAGGACUUCACGACCAAAAUACCAAAAGCAAUGGCAACUAAAGCCAAAAUUGACAAAUGGGAUCUAAUUAAACUAAAUAGCUUCUGCACAGCAAAAGAAACUAUCAUCAGAGUGAGUAGGCAACCUACAGAAUGGGAGAAAAUUUUUUGCAAUCUACCCAUCUGGAAAAGGUCUAAUAUCCAGAAUCUAUAAGGAACUUAAACAAAAUUUCAAGAAAAAAACAAACAACCCCAUCAAAAUGUGGGUGAAGAAUAUGAGCAGACACUUCUUAAAAGAAGAUAUUUAUGGAGCCAACAAACAUAUGAAAAAAAGCUCAUCGUCACUGGGCAUUAGACAAAUGCAAAUCAAAACCGCAAUGAGAUACCAUCUCACGCCAGUCAGAAUGGCGAUCACUAAAAAGUCAGGAAACAACAGAUGCUGGUGAGGCUGUAGAGAAAUAGGAACACUUUUACACUGUUGGUGGGAAUGUAAAUUAGUUCAACCAUUGUGGAAGGCAGUGUGGCGAUUCCUCAAGGAUCUAGACCCAGAAAUACCAUUUGACCCAACAAUCACAUUACUGGGUAUAUACCCAAAGGAUUAUAAAAAUCAUGCUACUAUAAAGACACAUGCACACGUAUGUUUAUUGCAGCACUAUUUACAAUAGCAAAAACUUGGAACCAACCCAAAUGCCCAUCAGUGAUAGACUGGAUAAAGAAAAUGUGGCACAUAUACACCAUGGAAUACUAUACAGCCAUAAAAAGAAUGAGUUCCUGUCCUUUGCAGGGACAUGGAUGAAGCUGAAAGCCAUCACUCUCAGCAAACUAACACAACAACAGAAAACCAAACACCGCAUGUUCUCACUCAUAAGUGGGAUUUGAACAAUGAGAGCAUAUGGACACAGGGAGGGGAACAUCACACACCGGGGCCUGUUGAGGGGUGGGGAGCAAGGAGAGGGAGAGCAUUAGGACAAAUUCCUAAUGCAUGUGGGGCUUAAAACCUAGAUGACAGGUUGAUAGGUGCAGCAGACCACCAUGGUACAUGUAUACCUAUGCAACAAACCUGCACAUUCUGCACAUGUAUCCCAGAACUUAAAGUAACAUUACAUAAAAUAAAUAAACAAAUAAAUAAAAAUAAAACCAUGUGAGAGAGAAAAAAACAAAAGAGAGACAGCCAGUCAGAUUUUUAAUGCUCAUCUAUGUACUUAUAUCCAGCAGUGGGCAUACAGAAAUACUGUUUAUGCAAAUAUGCUACAAAAUCAGGUAGGAUAAACCAGACAAGUAAUCUUUGGGGCCGAAGACUAGUUUUUCUGAGGUUGCAUAGUUGUUGUACAGGAAGGACAGACUGUGAAGAGCAGAGAAGCAAAAUCAGCCAAGCCGUAAGUAACAAUAUGUAUUACAUUGUGUGGGUUUUUUUCCCUAAACUCUGCUAAGUAAGGCUACUGCUCCCUGGCUAAGGAGAAAUCAUAGUGCUGCAAAUUACCAGGGCAAAUCAAUCAUAGCAGGAGACUAAAACAACUUUACCCUUUUGUAAGCCCCUCUCUCUUAAUGCUCAUUUAAGGUUAUGGCGGAGCACAGCUGUGGCAUAACGACUAGGUGGGAAGGGAGGAAAAGGUUUCAUGGACAGGGAAAAGUACGGGAAAGGGUAUCACUGGAGGUAAGUAAUAGGGUCAUCGGGCUGGAGGAACACCUAGAACUCGAAGCACAGCUGUGAUUCAUUUGGGCACAUCAUUGGGAUUCUUGGGAGAGACGAAGAGGCCAUUAAUGAAGGGCUGGCAGUUGAAAAUAUGGCAUCUAAAGGGACUUGGCAAAUCCAGGAUUGAUUCCAGCUGUGGUUAGUAUCCAAGGGGUAUCAAGUCUGGACCACUAAUACAACGUCUGGCAAACUACAGCUCACAGACCAAAUCUGACCUGCUUCCUGUUUUCAUAUGGCCUGCAAGCUAAGGAUAAUUUUUACAUUUUUAAAUGGUUGAAAAAAAUCAAAAUAAUAAUAAUAUUUCAUGACAUGAAAUCUACAUUUCGGUGACCACAGAUAAAGUUUCAUAGGAACACAGCCACACUUAUUCCUUUCCACGCUGUCUAAGGCUGAUUUUGUACUACAGCAUCAGAGCUGAGUAGCUAUGAUGGAGACAUUUGGCCCUCAGAGCCUAAACUAUUUACUAUCUGACCCUUUACAGAAAA